UCUGAGGUUGAAUCAUAUUAUUUGGAUUUCAAUUUUUUAUUUCGAUGCAAAAGGAUGAAAGAAAUAUUGUGGUGUAGUGAAAGGUUUGCCCUCUUGUGAAAUUACUCAAAGUCAUGGAAAAGACAAGUCCAAACUUGUUUUACUAGCAAUAAUUCUACCCAUUGUAUCUUUUGUACUUAUCAUGACUUUAGUGACAAUAUUGCAAUUUAAAAGGAAGAAAUCCAGCAGUGUAGGAAAGGAAAAUGAGCCAGGACAGACAAAUUUGUUUGGAAUAUGGAAUUUUGAUGGUGAAGAUGUGUACAAGAAAAUUGUUGAAGCCACAGAAAACUUCAGCGACACCCACUGCAUCGGAAUUGGAGGUAACGGGUCAGUGUAUAAAGCAGUGUUACCAACACGUGAGAUAUUUGCUGUAAAGAAGAUUCAUAUGAUGGAAGAUGAUGAGCUAUUUAAUCGUGAAAUAGAUACGCUGAUGCACAUUCGUCAUCGCAACAUUGUGAAGUUCUAUGGCUUCUGUUCUGCUAUUCAAGGAAGAUUUCUCAUUUAUGAAUACGUGGAUAGAGGAAGUCUAGCGGCAUCUUUAGAGAGCAAGGAAACUGUGGUGACACUGGGAUGGACAAAGAGGUUAAAUAUUUUUAAGGAUGUUGCUCAUGCUUUGUCUUACAUGCAUCAUGGUUGCUUUGCGCCCAUAGUCCACAGAGAUAUCACAAGCAACAACAUUUUGCUUGAUCUGGAAUUCCGAGCCUACAUCUCUGAUUUUGGUAUUGCCAAAAUACUAGAUACGGACUCGUCAAACUGCACGAACCUUGCCGGGGCUAAAGGAUAUCUUGCCCCAGAACUUGCAUACACAACAAGCAUGACGGAGAAAUGCGAUGUUUAUAGCUUUGGAGUUCUCAUCCUCGAGUUAUUCAUGGGACAUCAUCCAGGUGAUUUUCUUUCGUCCAUGGCCACGGAAAGUACAUCACUCGAGGAUAUUUUGGACACUCGUCUCCAACUCCCUGAAGCUGAGAUCGCAAGUGAAAUAUUCAAAGUGAUCACCAUCGCUGUUCGGUGCAUAGAACCUAAUCCUUCACACCGUCUAACAAUGCAACAAGUAAUCAAGUUGUUUUCUACAGCCGAAGGAGCUGAUAAUCAUCUUGAUUAUCUGCACACUGACAUUCACAUCCCCGCCUGCUGGUCGUGAAUGUUCAUUAGCAGAUUAUGGUUUCUUCUUGAUUAGAUCGAGACUCUUUGUAAUAAUAUGGAUUAUGUUUUCUGCAUUAACCCUGCUAUUUCCUCAAUACAUUAAGAACUACUCCAUUUGAGUCCUCCGUCAGAUUAAGUGUAGCCCGUUGAACUGGUAAAUAACAUUUCUUUGUAACAAA